CAGGAACUGGCUGGUGUUGCAGUACUAGUGUUGCAGUAUGGGGUCCACUAGACCCCUGGUGUUUGUUACUGGCAACACUAAGAAGCUAGAGGAGGUCCUGGCUAUACUGGGUGACUCUUUCCCCUUUAGGGUUGAAAGUCGCAAAAUUGACCUGCCAGAGUACCAAGGUGAAGCAGACGAGGUCGCUCGCAAAAAAUGUCAAGCAGCGGCUGAAUUGAUCAAGCGUCCGCUGGUUAUAGAGGACACUUGUCUGUGUUUUAAUGCCCUGGGUGGUUUACCAGGUGAGUACUGUACCUGGUUUUUGGAGAAAUUAAAGAUGGGCCUACACAAACUGUUGGCCGGUUUGAAAAGGUACUCAGCAGAGGCUGUGUGUAGCUUUGCCUUCACCUCUGGUGACCCUAAGGACGAGGUCCUCCUCUUCCAUGGUCGCACCCUGGGCACCAUCGUCCCACCCCGGGGUGACAAUAAGUUCGGCUGGGACCCUUGUUUCCAACCCCAGGGUUACAACCAGACAUAUGCAGAGCUGGAGCCCAACAUCAAGAAUGCCAUCUCUCACCGCCGCCGUGCCAUCGAUGCUCUUAGGAACUACUUUACCAGUGAUGCAGGACGACAACUUCUCUCUGACAAACUUAAAGUUGAAGAGUCUAGCAAAUAAUGACUAUUUGAAAGUUGAUUGAUAGUUCUAGGCCUUCCAUUUUGAAGUGAAACCUUCAUCAAGAGCAUUCAAAAUUAUAUAUAAUAUAUAUAUAAAAUUUUUUUUUCAAAAGUCGG